UCACCCACUCUUGGUUCUUCAUUUUUUGCUAGUUUUCCCUCUCAAGAUAACCAAGAAUCGAAACAUCCGGUACUUGAUGAUGUGCGUAAGGCGGAAAUUAAUUUGGAACGUCUAGUGAUGGCAGCUGAUGCUUACCGAGAUUUAAUGGAUAGAUUAAGCAAGGCUUCCAAGAAUUUUAGUAAAGCCUUGAAGGAUUAUGGGAAUGGAAAAGGACUAGAAACUACGUAUGAUUUUGACUUACUUCAAAAACUUUGGGACAAAUAUUCAAAAAAAGCAGUUAAAGAUGAAAAGGCUCAUAAUGACUAUGUCGGCGACCUAGAUAGGCAAAUCAAAAAAAUUGGCAAAGAUUAUGAGAAGAAAACAAAGAGAGAUAAUCAAUCAGCUCUAGAUCGUGCAAAGACAGAAUACACAAAUGAAGUAAUAAAGCGUGAAAGAAAGACACAUUCAGUUGUAUCGCAAGCCGUUUGCCGUCUUACAGAAGGCCUUUUUGCUUCAUUUAACGAUUCGUUAAAGAAAUGUGGACCGUGUAUUACGAAAAUGAAAGAAUGGGCGCCAUUUGCAAGCGAGGAUAUGCCACCACCACAAAGCCUAGAUGACUUUCUAGAAGACCAGGUAUCAUAUCCUAAAUAUACGUCAUCGGAGAAAAUUUUUGAAUCUCUUGCAGCAAUAUCAGAGAAACAGAUAGCAGCAAUGAACUAUUCGUCUUUAGAAUCCACAUUACCUGAACCCACUCUACCUAUUAUUGAUGAUGAUCCCGAUAGUAAUAUUCCUACGAGAUAUGUGCAAAUGCCAUCAAAAAUUUCACGAACAAACACUCCAGAAACCUCCAAACCAAUACCUGUCAAACCUUCUACAUUGUCUUCAGAAACUAUAACACCUUUAAGUAGACAAAUUACUCAGAAUUAUAAUAAUAUAAAUAAUAAAAGCUCUCCAUCAUCAACUUCCAGUAGUACACUUUCACAGCCAUCCAACAGUAAAUCUUCUACCUCUAACUUAAUCUCAAAGUUCUCCAUCGGUAUUCAUGCUAAUGAUGAUCCGUUUUUACGUGAUGAAAAAGUUGUUGAAAUUAAAACAGCAGAAUUAUUUACAGAGAACAGAGUUGAAAAGGCGGUAUUUAAACCGAACAUAAUUAAAGUUAAGACGGAAGAAAAACCUAUUGUAAAGGCAACGUCUUUUAAUGAAGAUAAUGAAGUAAAAGAAAUAUCAUUUAAUCGUGAUAAUGAAGUAAAAGAAACAUCAUUUAAUAGUUAUAAUGAAAUAAAGGAAACAUCAAUUAAUCGUGAUAGAGAAGUAAAAGAAAAUUCAUUUAUUCAUGAUAAUGAAGUAAAAGAAACAACAUCAUUUAAUCGUGAUAAUGAAGUAAAAGAAACAACAUCAUUUAAUCGUGAUAAUGAAGUAAAAGAAACAACAUCAUUUAAUCGUGAUAAUGAAGUGAAAGAAACAACAUCAUUUAAUAGUGAUAAUGAAGCAAAAGAAAUAUUAUUUCACCGUGAUAAUGAAGUAAACAAAACAACACUAUUUAAUAGUGAUAAUGAAGUAAAAGAAACAUCAUUUAAUCGUGAUAAUGAAGUAAAAGAAACAGCAUCAUUUAAGUGUGAAGAAGUAAAAGAAACAUUAUUUAAUCGUGAUAAUGAAGUAAAAGAAACAAUAUUUAAUCGCGAUAAUGAGAUAAAAGAAACAACAUCAUUUAAGCGCGAAGAAGUAAAAGAAACAUUAUUUAAUCGUGAUAAUGAAGUAAAAGAAACAACAUUUAAUCACGAUAAUGAGAUAAAAGAAACAUCACUUCAUUAUAAUAAAGUAAAAGAAACAACAUCAUUUGUUGAUAUAGUCAAUAAUCAGCUGGAAUUACCUGGUAUUAAAAAAGGAGAGACAAAUGAUCUUGCCAUAAUUAAUCAACCAAAACAAGUAGAGAACUCACUUCCAAUCAUGACACCACCACCUGUUGAAAAUUUUGUGCCUAGUCGAAAAGCAAUAUCCUCUCAUGGAGGGUUGAGAAGGUAUAUUAAUGAGCCAGUUCAUAAUCCAGUUCCUCAUCGUUAUGAAGAUCAAGAUAGCUACGAGUCCUAUGAUUAUAUUCCAUCAAGAUUAUCAAGUUCGUAUAAUAGUUUGGAUCUGCCGUCACCAAGACAACACGACUUGCAUCCUCAUCGAGCCUACACGGAUCCUUCUAAACGCGGACCAUCAGUAGCGGACAUGAGGGAUCGAUUCAUGUCGAUGAGCGACGAACGACGAUCAGUAAGUAAUAAAAAAUAA